AUACCGUUGGCUCCUUGUAGUGCGCUGGAAACAGUGCCGGGCACUGCGGCGGAGGAGGCGCGCACUAUAAAAGCGGGUGCGUGCGGACGGGGCGCCAUUUGCGGCGGAGGAGCUGAACUGUGCAGGAAGACAGCGAGCAUGCAGAUCUUUGUUAAAACCCUGACCGGCAAGACCAUCACCCUUGAGGUUGAGCCCAGUGAUACCAUUGAAAAUGUCAAGGCCAAGAUUCAGGAUAAGGAAGGAAUCCCACCGGACCAGCAGCGUUUGAUCUUUGCAGGCAAGCAAUUGGAAGAAGGACGCACUCUGUCUGACUACAACAUCCAGAAAGAAUCUACCCUGCACUUAGUGUUGCGGCUGAGGGGAGGCAUGCAGAUCUUUGUGAAAACCUUGACCGGCAAGACCAUCACCCUGGAAGUGGAGCCCAGUGACACCAUUGAGAAUGUAAAGGCCAAGAUUCAAGAUAAAGAAGGAAUCCCACCUGAUCAGCAACGUUUGAUCUUUGCAGGCAAGCAACUGGAAGAUGGCCGUACCCUUUCUGACUACAACAUCCAGAAAGAAUCUACCCUGCACUUAGUGUUGCGGCUGAGGGGAGGCAUGCAGAUCUUUGUGAAAACCUUGACCGGCAAGACCAUCACCCUGGAAGUGGAGCCCAGUGACACCAUUGAGAAUGUCAAGGCCAAGAUUCAAGACAAAGAAGGAAUCCCACCUGAUCAGCAACGUUUGAUCUUUGCAGGAAAACAGUUGGAGGAUGGUCGUACCCUAUCCGACUACAACAUCCAGAAAGAAUCUACCCUGCACUUAGUGCUGCGUCUGAGGGGAGGCAUGCAGAUCUUUGUGAAAACCUUAACUGGCAAGACCAUCACCCUGGAAGUGGAGCCCAGUGACACCAUUGAAAAUGUCAAGGCCAAGAUUCAAGAUAAAGAAGGAAUCCCACCUGAUCAGCAGCGUCUGAUCUUUGCAGGAAAACAGUUAGAAGAUGGUCGCACCCUAUCAGACUACAACAUCCAGAAAGAAUCUACCCUGCACUUGGUUCUUCGUUUGAGGGGGGGCAAUUGUUAACUGUUGUAAUUGGCUUUUUUUUGUGGGUAGUAUUCUUGCCUCUAGCGUAAAAUGUUGAUUAAAGUGUCUUCCCAUGUCAUUCAAAAUAAAAUUGUUGCAAGCUUA